CAGGGCCUCGAAGACCAUGGCGGCUCGCUCCGGAACGGCUCGCAGAGACGUUCGGACCGUGUGCAGGAGAGCUCCGCGGCGGGGGCAGUGUCAGGUCCCGGCCGGCUAACAGCGCGUUUAAAAGCAGCUCCGUCAGAUCAGAUCAGAACAUCACUGCAGAAGAAACCAGAUCAGCUUCACAAAGAUUUUAAUUAGUAUUGCCAUGCUUUGGUUUCCCGGUGAUGGCGAUUGUACAACUCUUCAGGACGUGCGUGGGAAGGGAAGUCACUUCACACAACAUGCACUUUUACUCAACUUGAACAGAGCGAACUGCCCACCCAGUCAGUCACAUGACCUGCUUCCUGCCCAGUGCCUUUAUAUGACCCUGCAUCUCUCUGUGGAGUGGAAACAAGCACCAGCCACAGAGCCUUUCCUGUUAAGGCUGAUCAUUGUCUGGGUUCUUCAUCUCCGACGGUGCAGGAUGUUACUGGUGCUACUCUACUGUUGGUCCUUCUGUCUGCUUAGACUUUCAUCCUCCCUCAUUCAUGGACACAUGCCAGCGGACCAGGGUCCGGUCUCCAGCCACCGAAGUGAUGCACCUUACCUGCCGGACAUUGAGAGAAGCCUUGUUCCUGAUUCUGUCCUGGACCCGGACCUCCUUACUGCCGAUGCAGUAGAGGAUCACUUUUUAAUGGAGGCGGGCUCCUACGAGGAGGACUCGUCUGCAGGUCUGCAGCUGCAGGGCCGGGCCAUGCGCUCAUCUCGCCGCUGCAUCCCUCACCAGCAGUCCUGCCUGGGUUACCCUCUACCCUGCUGUGACCCCUGCGACACCUGUUAUUGCCGCUUCUUCAAUGCAAUCUGUUACUGCCGCCAAAUAGGCCACACCUGUGCACCCAGACGCACCUAGCCACUUUCCUGAUGGCUGAGCAGUGACACGGAACUGUUUGACCUGUUGUCCUGUUUGUAUUGUGUUUUUAUGGAAUAAACAUUGCAAAUACUCCUA